CGAGGUUUCAACCACCUCCCUCAUAUCCUCAUUUCGAAAGCAACCUCCGGCUAUAUCCCAAUAUGAUCCCUGAAAACCUUGAAUAUCAAGAACUUAGUGAGCGCGAGGGCCAGAACUCUGACGCCACCAUCUUUAUCAAGGAGACUGAGACAUCUCCCAAUAUCGACGAAGCACCCGAUGGCGGCCUCCGAGCAUGGCUUGUUGCAGCAGGUGGAUUCUGCAUCUGGUUCUCAGGUCUCGGCUUUGCGAACUCGUUUGGCGUCUUUCAAGAGUACUUCAUGACGCACCAGCUCCGUGGAAAAUCACCGGCCAACAUCGCCUGGAUUGGAUCUCUCUCAGCUUUCCUUCAGCUCGCAAUAGCGGUGAUCGCAGGACCGUUAUUUGAUCGUCAUGGCGCAUGGAUUAUCCGACCUGCAGCCAUCCUCUUCGUCUUUGGUGUGAUGAUGCUAAGCCUCUGCUCUGAGUACUGGCAGUUCAUGCUUACGCAAGGUGUCCUAAUAGGCACCUCCAUGGGCUUCCUCAUGUUCCCAUGCAUUGCUGCACUGUCCCAGUACUUCGACAAGAAACGAGCCGCAGCAAUGGGCGUGGCGGUGUCUGGAUCCUCCGUCGGCGGCAUUGUCUUCCCCAUCGCAUUCUCAAAGCUACUGAACGAGUCGUCGCUGGGCUUUGGAUGGACAGUGCGAGUCAUGGGAUUCGUAAUGCUGCCACUCUUGAUCUUCUCCUGUGUGGCCAUCACCGCUCGCUUGCCACCGAGAACUACCACCUUUUUCAUCGGAUUGGCAUUCAAGGAACUCACCUUCGUCCUCAUGAUCGUCUCGCUGUUCUUCAUGUUUCUAGGCAUGUGGACUCCGCUCUUCUUCAUUCCGACAUAUGCCGUCUCCAGAGGUGUGGAUGCGGCACUUGCUUCGUAUCUGCUGGCGAUUGUCAACGGGGCCUCCACGUUUGGUCGCAUCAUUCCGGGGAUCCUAGCAGACAGGUAUGGGAAAUUGAACAUGUUCGGCCUUGGAGGCAUAAUGACCGGCGUCGUCAUCCUAUGUAUGAAUAAGGCGGAAACCACGGCAGCGUUGGUGGUGUAUUCGAUUGCUUUCGGAUUCACUUCUGGGACGAUAGUCUCUGGAGCUGCUGCAGCCUUCAGUGUCUGUACCAAAGACCCCCGAGAUGUUGGUACUUACAUGGGAAUGGGAAUGGCCAUUGCCUCUCUUGCAGUCCUGAUAGGUCCUCCGGUCAACGGAGCUCUUGUUGCCAAAUAUGGAGAGUUUCUCGAAUUGACCAUAUUCAGUGGUGUCAUGUGCUUGGUGGGUGGUUUCAUUGCAAUCGCGAGCAAAGCCGCAACUCCGGAAGGUCUUAUGGGAAAUAGAUAGCGUCUGAAUGGCGAUUGGAACUGUUGGAUGGAAUUGUGUUAGUAAGACUAUGCUUUUAGAUAGUUUUUUCCCAUUGCCGUUGUUGGAGUGGGACCUGGGAACAUAGAUGCCUUUGUAAUUCAACACUACAUUU